AUGUCGCUCCCAUGGGUAGUUGUAACAGACCCACUGGAGAGCCAGGAUAUUCUUCUACGGCGCACAAAAGAGUUUGACCGCAGCAGCUUCUUCGGUGAAGUUAUUGGCGGCAUUCUUCCAAAACAACACAUCCAAUUCCUGUCAAAUGAUGCCCGUUUCAAGGACAACCGCAAUCUCAUCAACCAUUUAAUGGCUCCGUCAUUUAUCAAUGAAGUCAGCUUGCCAGAGGUAUACAAGUCCGUCUCUAGUCUCAUGAAGGUCUGGCAGGUCAAAUGCGACAUGGCUCAGGGACGGCCGUUUUCGGCUCACCACGAUAUCACCUAUGGAGCACUGGAUUCAAUUUUCGCAUCGUCAUUUGGGCUCGCCGAGGCUGACAGCAUCACGAUACAACGCUUCGAAGCCGUCUCACGCUGGACCCCAGAGAUGCCUGACGACGCCGAUACGCCAGUUGUGUUCCCUGACGGCGAAAUCCCCGAGGUAUUCGGGGCAGUGCUCGAUCUCGCCGAGUCAGUCAAGUAUGGGCAACUCUCGCCAUCGCCUCGCCUCGUUUCGUGGGUGCUCCGGAAGUUCCCCUACAUGAGAAAGGCCGCCGCGAUCAAGAACAAAUUCAUCAAUGACAGCAUCGACGAGGCAGUCCAAAGUAUUGAGACCGGUGACGAGCAUCCUCGGAAUGCAUUGUACUCGGUUCUGUUGCGCGAACGGGACGUGGCAGCGAAGCAGGGCCGGCCGCCAGUGUACCGCAAUGGUGGUAUAUCCGAUGAGUUCGCCGGCUUUCUGAUGGCUGGCCACGAUACCUCUGCUACGGCUGUCGCUUGGGGUGUGAAGUUCCUGGCAGACAACCCGGCCGCUCAGGACAGGCUGCGGGACGACUUACGCGCCGCCAUUCCCCAGGCAGUGCAAGAGAAGCGCGCCCCGACGUACCAGGAGCUCAUCAAGGCCAGCGUUCCAUACCUCGAUGCUGUGGUCGACGAGGUGCUGCGCCACGCCAACGCCGUCGCUUUUGUUGUGCGCGUGGCCCUGCAGGAUACGACAGUUCUUGGGUGCCGCAUCCCGAAAGGCACUGACGUGUUCCUGAUGGCCAAUGGCCCCGGCUACCUGGAGCCCAACAUGCACAUUGACGAUGGCACACGCAGCCCGGGUGCUCGCCAACACAGCAGCAAGUCUCUUUCAGGAUUCUGGGAUGACAGCAACAUUUCCGCUUUCCGACCUGAGAGAUGGCUCACUACCGAUCCGGAAACCGGCAAGGAGAUUUACGAUCCUAUGGCGGGGCCGACGCUUCCCUUUGGUCUGGGUCCCCGUGGCUGUUUCGGACGAAAGCUUGCCGUUGCAACUCUGCGCUUGCAGUUCGCGAUGACCGUCUGGCACUUCCACUUGCUCAAGACGCCAGAUGAGCUGAACAGCUAUGAUUCUGUGCAGAAGUUUGCCCGGGAACCAACGCAGUGCUAUACUAGUGGUGGAAACCCUAGUGCGGGAGAGAACUGCGACGAGUACCCCUUUGCCAGCACCAGCGAUGCCGACAAGGGCGGACAGGUCAACAAGUGCGUCAUCAGCAAGCACAACAGCCGCCAAGGCAACAUCAUCUCGCAAUAUAUCACGAACACUUGUGGCGGACAGAACUGCCAGUUCAUCGUCGGGUUUGGGAACCCUGCAUCGCCUGGUGUCAAGUACUGCCAGGCCUACAAUGACAGGUACAACCAAUGCACACCAGACGGCACUAUCUUCAAGAAUGGCAAGCCUGAUGUCCGUCCGCCUCCGGCCAAGAGAGACGGCAACUCAACUCAGGUUGGCGGCUUAUACCUGAUGAAGUCGGGAAUAAAGGUAGCCUUUGGCGCAAAUCUGGAAAUUGGCACACAGACCAAGCACGCGACGCCUAAGAAUGCCACUAUGCUCGCUUUCGUUGACGACAAUGAUGAUGAUGAGGGACUUGUUGAAUGGGAUUUCCUCGACGACGAGAUCGUCGAGAAGCUGGAGUAA